CCCCGCACGCUGCAGCAUCGAUUAUCGUGCAGCAGUGCGCCAAAACAAGGUUAAAACUCAGCUAUUCGUCAGCAAAAUAGCCGCAUUGAGGCCAUACAGCGACCACAAGCGCCUGAAGGCCAAAAGUUGCAGCGCUAACACAGAUGAGGCAGGCUGCAGCAGCCAGCGCCGCCGAGCCGGAGUGGGCCCGGACGGACGCGGACCCCAGCGAUGGUACCGAGGAGGGGACCGCUCGCAACCCGCUGCGACAGGCCGCCGCCGACGCGGAGCAGGGCAACACGGACGAGCUAUCAGCCCCAAAACGCCCGCUCAACCGCAACGUGAAGAUCACGCUCUGCUACCAGCCGUCGCUCAACGUCUGCACGUCGCUCGCCACGGCAUCACCCCUGGCGGCCUACGUAUUGUUACGAACGGGCAGCAACGCGCGCGUCGGCUACGCCGUGGGAGCGAUGGGCGUCGCGAAUUUGUGUGCCGCGUUCCCCGCCGCGUGGUUAGCGGAUCGGUGGUCGCGGACGGCCGUGAUUCGGACGGCCGUGAUCAUCGGAGCGUUUGGUUUUUGCUCCUUAGUCGCGUCCGUGGUCCUCGGCGACCAUAUCCAUGCAAACAAGCAGUUCCUGUGCAUCUGCGCCUCGACGGCGAUCGUCGGCUGCUUCGUCGGCUCGCAGUCGUCGGCCGUCGAGGCGAUUUUUGGGGACUCGAUCCCUUCCGGUUCGCGAAGUAGGUUAUAUGUCAGGAAGCAGUCGCUGCGCGUUUUGGGAACGGCCGCGGGGCCUCUGUUAGCUGUUGUCGUCUUCGCGACGGUGGGCGACCACUGGCGCGAGGGCGAGCUCGAGAUCGUCAUCGCGUGCGGCGCUUGUUUGUUUUUUUGUCCGGCGUUGUUGGUUUUGGCCCGCGUGGAAGUCAAUCUGUGAGUUAGGUUAUUGCAGACGCACGAAUGGAGGCAAUCUCGCGUCGAUGGCGUGGAGAUCGGCAGAUGCAGUCACGGGGACGACGUCGCGUCGAUGGCGUGUCCACGCAGGCCCUGGCGCUGUCGGAGAAGCAGACUUUGGGUGAAUUGAGCCGGCCGCUCCUCGCCGACGACGGCGACGCGACCGAGCGACGACAACAAGAAUUGCGGAUCGCGGCGACGGUCUGCGUCUCGGACGUCGUGUCCAUGCUCGGGAGCGGCAUGACGGUCAAGUUCUUCCCGCUAUUUUUCUGGAGGGAAGUCGGCCUCUCGCCCAUCAAAGUGCAGGUCAUCUACGUGGCAGCUCCGACGGGCAUCGCCUGCUGCGCGUUCGUCGCCCAGAAGCUCUCAAAAAGAAUAGGACGGGUCUGGGUCACCGUCUGCACGAAAGUCUGCGCGUGCAUUCUGCUGGCCGUCAUGACGCGCGUCGACGACGGACCGUUGAUCAUCGUGCUGUAUUUGCUGCGGACCUGGCUCGCGAACUGCUGCUCCGGUUUAACAAGGAGCAUCCUGAACGAUUAUGUAAGGAAGGACGAGCGUGCGAGGUGGAACGCGGCGGAGUCGAUCAACCGCUUCGGCUGGUCGGGCUCGGCCGUGCUCGGCGGCCACCUCGUCGACUUGUAUGGGUACCGAUUUACAUUUUUAAUCACGGCCGGCUUGCAGCUCUGCUCGGCGGCGAUCCUGUCGAGCCUCGCGCGCGUCGUCGAGCGGGAGAGCUCGUCCACCUACGCGCGCGUCGAAAGUCGCGGCGACGGCGAGACGAAGGAGGAGCCCGCGCCGGGCGACGAGGAGGGCCGCCGCGCCAAGCCGGAUUAAUUUCUAUGUGUUGUGUUA